AUGGAUUUUGGAACGAUUUUGAGGACUAUCGGAGACUUCGGAUUGUUCCAGAAGCUUCUCCUCAUUGAGUUAACUGUUCCACAUUUUUUACUGCCUGUUUUUUUCUGUAGUUUUCUUUUUAUCCAGUCAUAUCCUGAGCGGCACUGUAACACAAACUGGGUCCUCAAGGUUGAUCCUAACCUAACCUCACAUGAGCAGCUGAACCUGACUCUGCCUCGGGAGGAGGAUGGGACCUUCAGCAGGUGUCGGAUGUUUGUGCCUGUUGUUUGGAACAUCAGUGACAUCAGGAAAUAUGGACUCAAUGAGACCACAGGGUGCCAGAACGGAUGGGUGUAUGGCAACACCAUGUAUGAGUCCACCAUAGUCACUGAUUUUGAUCUCGUCUGUGACAAGUCAAACAUGGCUGGAGUUGCACAGACAGCUUUCAUGACUUUUUUACUUGCUGGCUCAGUCUUCUUUGGACCUACAGCUGAAUCGUUCGGCCGCAAGAGAACCACUCAGAUACCAGCUGUCCUCCCCCUAAUAUUCACUAUAGUUGCUGGUGUGUCUCAAAAUUUCUAUGUGUACAUAGUGUCACAGUUCAUAGUUGGAUCUGCGCUUGCUGGAUAUAGGAUGAAUUCCGUUGUAUUUGCUACUGAAUGGAUUGGGGUCACUAAAAGGUCCUUUGCCACUUGCAUGGGCCAGAUGGUUGGAGGUCUUGGACAGACUGCCAUGGCUGGUCUGGUAUAUCUUAUUCGUGACUGGAGAAUAGCACAGUUUGUCAUGGCAGGAUUACAGGCGGUUGUAUGCAUAUACAUAUGGUACAUCCCUGAAUCUGCGAGGUGGUUGCUGGGGCAAGGAAGAAUAGAAGAAGCAAACAAGUUGAUACGUAAAGUCGCAGCAAUCAAUAAACAGAAAAUCCAAGAGAAUAUGCUUAACAAGGUAACUGAGGAAAGUUCUGUCCAGAGUGGGGAGUUUUUUUCCUCAGUAGUCCUGAUGAAAUAUUUAUUCAUCCUAUGUUUUGCCUGGUAA